UCUCUCUCUCUGCGGAAGACAUGGAACUGAAUUCAAGUCCCAGGGGUAAAGCAGCAAACUAAGACUGCAAGGACAUAUUUCAACUGCAGAACAGUGUGGUCUGAGGCUGGCAUGGAUCCUCUCUGAUGGACAGAGUGACAGAUAUCUCCAAAUGAGAGAACUGUAAAAGACGUUUACGAAACACACACACCAAUACCGCUCCCGUUUCCACCGCCAUGGCAGAGUGGCUGAGGCGUGUGUCGUUGGGCGACGAGUUGUACAAUCUGUACCACCGCCUGCUCAGGACCAAACCCGUGGGCAGGAUGGGUCAAGGGUCAGGGGUCAGCGAUGACAUCACAGAGGCGGGGGAACUGGCCAAGAUCCUGACUACAGCUGACCUGGUGUCACUAGGCGUGGGCAGCUGCGUGGGCACAGGAAUGUACGUGGUUGCUGGUCUGGUUGCCAAGGAGAUGGCGGGGCCAGGAGUGAUCCUGUCUUUCAUCAUUGCUGCUGUGGCUUCUAUUCUGUCAGGUGUGUGUUAUGCAGAGUUCGGCGUGCGCGUCCCAAAAACCACGGGGUCAGCCUACACAUACAGCUACGUCACCGUGGGGGAGUGUACAGCCUUUUUCAUUGGCUGGAAUUUGAUCCUGGAGUACCUGAUUGGUACAGCAGCCGGGGCGUCGGCUCUCAGCAACAUGUUUGAUUCGCUGGCCAAUCACAGCAUUUCCAGCUACAUGAUAACACACCUGGGCACGCUCAGGGGCCUGGGUAAAGGGGAGGAGUCAUACCCUGACGUCCUGGCCAUGGUCAUUUCUCUAGUCGUCACAGUGAUCAUUUCGUUGGGGGUUCGUAACUCGGUGGGGUUGAAUAACGUCCUGAACCUGGUCAACCUGGUGGUGUGGGGCUUUAUGGUCAUCGCCGGACUGUUCUUCCUCUCUGCGGACAACUGGGAGGCGGGUAACUUCCUGCCCUACGGAUGGUCAGGGGUGAUGCAGGGAGCUGCCACAUGUUUCUAUGCCUUCAUAGGGUUUGACAUCAUCGCCACGACAGGAGAGGAAGCAAAGAGUCCCAACACGUCCAUCCCCUAUGCUAUCACUGCUAGUCUGAUCACCUGCCUGACAGCAUACGUCUCUGUGUCUGUGAUCCUGACUCUGAUGGUGCCCUAUGACCUGAUUGACGUCUCCGCCCCCCUGAUGGAGAUGUUUGCAGUGCACGGCUUCCUCUGGGGGAAAUACAUCGUGGCCAUGGGCUCUGUAGCUGGUCUCACCGUCAGCCUACUGGGAUCUCUGUUCCCCAUGCCCAGGGUCAUAUACGCUAUGGCCAGAGACGGGCUGCUCUUCAGGUUUCUAGCCACAGUCUCUCCAUUCAGUCAAACUCCAGCUGUGGCCUGUCUGGUGUCCGGCUGUCUGGCUGCUGUCCUGUCCCUCCUCGUCUCCCUGCGGGAUCUCAUAGAGAUGAUGUCCAUUGGGACUCUGCUGGCCUACACGCUGGUCAGCAUGUGUAUCCUGCUGCUCCGCUACCAGCCCGAUACAGACGCACCCAACUUCCUGCCCGGAGAGGAAGAGAAGGGGCCCAAGAAGGCGGGUGUGCUGGCGGAAUGCGACGACGGAACCCCGCCCGACACCGAUGAGCAGAUGCUGAUUGGACGAUCAGAGUCAUCGACCUUUGAGCCUGACGGCUCCAGCUACCAGUCAGGUGGCAUUGCCGGGGAACCAGAGGACUCCGGCAGCUUCCACACAGGCCCCGCCUCGCUGCUGAAGAGGGCUUUAGGUAGUCAUUACUCCACCCUGCGCGUGUUCCUGGGGCUCCCGGACGCCUCCGUCCGUCCUACGCCGUCAUCCGGCCGCGUGGUGACACGCUGCACCCUCCUCCUCCUGCUCCUCUCCUUCCUCCUCUGGGCCACCGUCAUCUUCGGCGUGGAGCGAAGCACCGGCGCGGAAUCGGCCGUCUCCGGUCUAGUGGCCACACUGCUGGCGGGCAAGAUCGUGGCGCUGCUGGUCGUGAUCGCACGGCAGCCGGAGAGUGGGCGGAGACUGCCCUACAUGGCCCCCUGUGUGCCAAUCGUCCCCGCGGCCGCAAUCCUGGUGAACUCCUACCUGAUGCUGAAACUGUCUCCUCUCACCUGGGCACGUUUUGCAGUCUGGUGCAUUCUGGGUGUACUGAUCUACAGUUGUUACGGGAUGUGGAACAGUUCUUUGGAAAUCAGCACCAGAGAGGAACAAGCGCAUGCUAGUGCCUACCAGCACUAUGACGACCACCUCGAUGACACCUUUUCCCCCGACAACGACCUUGACCCCCAGGACAACCAGGAAGAGGGCUGCUACCAGGGCUGGUCAGCUGAAAAGCGCUAUCAAUAUCAACAGCAAGGCAAAGAUCAGAACCAGGAUGAAACCCGGUAUCAGGAGGGUGACCAGUACCAAAAUCAAGAAGGAAGCCAAUAUGACAACCUGUACCAGAAGGAAAACCAGUUGGGUUACCAGUCCGGGCCUCUGGGCUUCUCUACAGGAAGAUCCAGAGGACCAACCAAUCAGGGCUACAUAGAUCCACAGGAACCAGAGGGCUCUUCUUGUGACUAAUAGCUGUAACUUCCUGUUUUUCUGGCACUAGAGGGGGAGGAAGGCAGAUGUUUCCUUAAUUCUCUGUCAGACCCUAGCUCCGCCCCAUACUGCAAAGGCAUUUGAGUAGGACAGGUGAGAAAUAUGGCACCAAUUCUACCCAGGCCAAUCAAAGAGCAGAAUAUUAAACAUAACUGUGCCUUUUCCAAUCCUCUUAAAUCUAAAGUAGGACCCAGAGCAGGGACUGGUAAAUCUGGGCCCUUUCAAAGGCCUGUAGAUCCAUUUCCAUUAUAAUUUGUAUUGUGUUUUGUUCAUAUAAAAUGUUUAGCUGGGGCCUUAACAAGUUAGAAUGGCAGAACAGACACGCUGCCAUUUGAAAUUAGGUGUGUCGUCAGUUAUGUGAUGGUUGCCAUUUUUCAGACUUCUAACAGACGGCUAACUGCAGUAAUCAUGGUGAAAUUAUGGACUGGAUGAAGCGACCUCUUGUUUUGUUUGUUUCACCCAUUGGUCAUGAAAAAUAACACCAACCUAUGCUGAAAAAUAACACCAACCUAUGCUGAAAAAUAACACCAACCUAUGCUGAAAAAUAACACCAACCUAUGCUGAAAAUCGUAGGGGCUCUGACUGGCUGUGUGGGUGUGGCUAUGGGGGUGUGGGUGUGGCUGUGUGGGUGUGGCUACGAAUUUAGGAUAUAGGAAGAGAAUCUCCUUUUAUCCUGCUGGGGAAGGAGAGGUGAAAUGAUCAAUGAAUGAGUGAGUGAAUGAUUCAACUUUAUUAACAUUUACAGAUAUUUCUCUUACAGUGAGUCCCUCAGGCACAAAAUGGUUUAAUAAAAACUUUAAUAUACAGACACGCUGUGUACAAAACCAAUCAAUCAGUAAUAUGGGAGCAAACAUGC